AUAUCCCCUGGAAGCAGACGGGCAUGAUUUUAGCGGACCGCACCCAGGCCGCGCUCCUCACCUGGGAGUAGUGCAGGGCUGCUGCUGUGUAGUCCCGGGCCUGGAAGCUGGAGUUCCCUCUCUCCCGGCUCGCAGCCGCCUGGCCGGCGUCCUUGUCUGCGCGGAAGCCCGCAGAGAUGUCGUCCAGCUCCUGCACAUCCCGCACACUGUGGUGAUGAGGACACGAACACGCUUGCAGAGCUCACCCGAGACAGACCGACGCGCGUCCAGCCAGCCCACCAACAGUGACACGCCCUGCUCAAUGACUCAGCCGUCCACAAUCCUCGACUGCAGCUUCUGAACAUCCGGCAGAUUGCAAGUGCCAAUGAUCCACCACGGUAUCGCCUGAAGAUGAGCGAUGGCGUGCACACUUACGCUUCAUUCCUGUUGGCCAGCCAGUUAAACAAGCUGCCACAGGACGGCAUCCUUGUUCCGCUGUCUGUCUGCAUGUUGAAGAGGACCGUCAGCAACACUCUGUCCGACGGAAGGUGCGUUUUGACCAUCAUUGAUAUGGAGGUGGUCGCAUCAGCUGCAGACAGCGGAGGCCAAGUUGGUGACCCCAUUCCGUACAAACCAGGUUUGGCUUCAUCCUCUCCAACUUCAUCUCCGUCGUUUGACGCCUCACCAGGGCCGUCCAGCAGUCACACCUCAACUUCUUACCGAGGCCAAGGAAGUGGCUUAGUUGGAAUGUCGCCCUUGAAGACCUCACCCAUGAAGGCCUCACCCAUGGAGGCCUCACCCAUGAAGGCCUCACCCAUGAAGGCCUCACCCAUGGAGGCCUCACCCAUGGAGGCCUCACCCAUGAAGGCCUCACCCAUGAAAGGAGGCAGCUCCACAGCAGCACGACCGACAGUGAUUUCCAUCUCCGACCUUCACCCUUACAUCAGCAAGUGGACCCUCAGAGCCCGAGUCACCCACAAAUCUGAUGUACGCAACUGGAGUAACUCGAGAGGCGACGGGAAGCUCUUCUCCUUUGAGAUCGUGGAUGAGAGUGGAGAGAUCAGAAUCGCUGCCUUCAACCAGGAAGUGGACAAGUUUUUCUCUCUCGUGGAGCAAGGCAAGGUCUACUACAUCUCUAAUGGAACACUCAAGCCUGCAAACAAACAGUACACGACCGUCAAGAACGACUUUGAAAUGACCUUAAAUGCCAACUCCUCCAUCGUGCUGUGUGACGACAACCAGCGGAUCCCCAUGGUUCACUGUGACUUUGUGAGCAUCGCAGAGCUGGACCACAGAGACAAAGACGCCCUCGUUGCCUCAACUUCUUACCGAGGCCAAGGAAGUGGCUUAGUUGGAAUGUCGCCCUUGAAGACCUCACCCAUGAAGGCCUCACCCAUGGAGGCCUCACCCAUGAAGGCCUCACCCAUGAAGACGUCACCCAUGGAGGCCUCACCCAUGAAGGCCUCACCCAUGGAGGCCUCUCCCAUGAAGUUCUCUCCCAUGAAAGGAGGCAGCUCCACAGCAGCACGACCGACAGUGGUUUCCAUCUCCGACCUUCACCCUUACAUCAGCAAGUGGACCCUCAGAGCCCGAGUCACCCACAAAUCUGAUGUACGCAACUGGAGUAACUCGAGAGGCGACGGGAAGCUCUUCUCCUUUGAGAUCGUGGAUGAGAGUGGAGAGAUCAGAAUCGCUGCCUUCAACCAGGAAGUGGACAAGUUUUUCUCUCUCGUGGAGCAAGGCAAGGUCUACUACAUCUCUAAUGGAACACUCAAGCCUGCAAACAAACAGUACACGACCGUCAAGAACGACUUUGAAAUGACCUUAAAUGCCAACUCCUCCAUCGUGCUGUGUGACGACAACCAGCGGAUCCCCAUGGUUCACUGUGACUUUGUGAGCAUCGCAGAGCUGGACCACAGAGACAUAGACGCCCUCGUUGAUGUGAUUGGCUUGUGCAAGAGUGCAGAUGACGUGUCCCUCAUCACCACCAGGGCCGGCAGAGAGGUCUCCAAAAGAGACCUGCAUCUCCUGGACAUGAGCGGGAAAGAAGUGACGGCGACUAUUUGGGGAGACGAGGCUGUGAAGUUUGACGGCUCUGGCCAGCCUGUGGUGGUGAUCAAAGGCGCGCGCCUGUCCGAUUUUGGGGGCCGCUCUCUCUCUGCUUCAUUCAACUCCACACUAAUGGUCAACCCCGACAUCCCGGAAGCUUUUCGCCUGCGCGCCUGGUAUGACCGGGAAGGUCACUCGCUUGACAGCCAGUCCCUGACGCAGACAAGGUCGCUGGGCAGAGGGCUGACCACCAACUGGAAAACUCUGAGUGACAUCAAAACUGAGCAGAUGGGACACACUGAGAAGGCGGACUAUUUCAGCUGUGUGGCAACUGUUGCGUACAUUCGGAAAGAGAAUUGUCUGUACCGAGCGUGUCCGUCUGCAGACUGCAACAAGAAGGUCAUGGAGCUGGAGGCCGGACUGUGGCGGUGCGACAAGUGUGACCGGGAGUUCCCCACCUUCAAGUACAGACUCCUGCUGUCGGUCAACUUGGCCGACUACGGUGAUCAGCAGUGGGUGACGUGCUUCCAGGACACGGCCGAGGUUCUUCUGGGUCAGAGUGCUGAAUCACUGGGACAUCUGCGAGACACAGACGAAGCGGCCUUCGAUGAAGUGUUCCGGAGAGUCAACUUGACAUCGCACAUCUUCAAGAACAGAGUGAAGCUGGAGACCUACAAUGACGAGUGUCGAGUGAAGGUGACCGUUCUGGAGGUGCUGCCGGUCGACCACAGAGAGUACAGCCGCAGACUCAUCCGGAACAUCCACAAAUUGGCCGUCUGAAUGUUAUCCGAGGGGAAGCCACUUCCACGAAGGACUGCUUUAAAAUCCUGCACCUCCGGUGACUUUUCUAACGUGUCGUUUCAUGUGGAGUCUCUCCAACAAGAUGGCGUCCGCGGCUUUUUCUUGGUGGCUGGAGCUGGUGGUGGCAGCAUGUGUGAAUCAUCCCUCUGGUUUUUAAUGUGCUCGCUGGCUGACAGAAGAGGCUGCCGAUGAGUCAGCUUUAUGUAAUUGCCUUGUUGUUUUAUUUUUUCAUCAGGAGAAUAGAUGAGACUCAAGCGUGGGAUUUGCACCCCAUGUUUAGCGAGUAAGGAAGCGGCCUGUGUUGGCUUGUUUGAUCGUGUGUGGUGGAUAAAAUCGUCUCACCGCUGCUCUGGUCAGGUCUUUCUGUGACGCCUGCUGGGAGCCAGCGUGGCUGCAAUCCAGACGGGGAGCAGCGAGGACAGCGCUGAAGCAGCCUCUGCUCCAGUAACGCCUGGCUCAAGGGCAGCAGGCAGCAGUGCCAGAGAGGUGGCCCUUUGCUCCGUCAUGUUUGUCAGGUACAGUCAGUCAGUCAGCAGUCACCUCCAAAACAAGUCAAACCGCUGGUCCACAGCUGACCUCGCACUCGCCGCGUCCACUCAGGCAGCAUCAGCAGGCUGCCGUGGCAACCAGCCCGUCCAGGUUUGGACCAUUUCUCUGUCAACCUGUUUGAUGUGAGGGACCUGAUGGACUUGGACAGGAGAGUAAACACAGAAGUGCUGGAGGGGUGAAGCAAGCACCAGUCCUCCCUCCAUCAUCCGUCCAUCCCUUUGACCUUCCAUCCGUCCGUUUGUCAUUUGAACAGCAGGUUCUCCAGAGCUUCUGUGGUGUCACGUGUCGUUGAUGAUAUUUGAGGAUUUUUGUUUCCCUGCUGGUGAAACCCCCUGAUGAGGCAGAACAUGGACAGACGGAGUGAAGCAAAGUUCAAAUUGUUCUCAAAGUCAUUUCCCGCUUUACGACGGUGACUGAAGAUGGAGACGUGUCAAUCUGCAAUCCCUCAACCGCCCCGGGGCCACAUGGGACACGAGCGGAGAUUAGGAAAUUCUCUCUAAGUCUGCUCCUUGGAGGACUUUAUCUGAAGCUGAUGUUCCAGGUAUCUGCUCCGUGGGAAAGUGGGGCAGCGCUGCAGCCGCGCAGACAGGAAAUGGAAAUGAGCCGCGCUAAUCUCCGAGGUCGCAGGCCGACCUGCGUUUUAUCUGUGUCUGGCUCAGUGGAGACACUGGUGUCUUCCAGCUGAAUCUCUCCAUCAUCCAGCUCCUUUCACAGGUUCACAUUAGUGGAGCAUCGUGUUCAUGUUUGACCUGAUCGUGUCUCAGUGUGGAUGGUUACAGCAGGCCGACGCCUGGGCCGUUGGUUCGUAGGUCAGAAGAUCACAUCGGGCCUUCAAUGGUCUGGCAGUCCAUGGAAACAGGUUCAGCCCAUCCCUUCGACACAGGAGGACGAGCCAUGCCGAGGACCACGAGGUGACAUGACAUCACAGCUUCCUGGCCGGACACAGGUGGAUCACAAGCUUGGCUGGUGCCACACACGCUGGGCCUGGAAGGAACCUGGACCUGAAGAAGUGCUGCUGGGACACAGUAUUUUGGAAGGGGAACAUCACACCUGAAAAAUGGUAGCGUGUCCUGAGAGGUGUGCGGUGUCUCCCAGACUCUACGCGGCUCAGACGGACUGUGAUGGGGAGCAUCUUUCAAACGUGUUGAGGGAAGGAAGUCUGGCUGUGGAGGAGCGACGUCCUUGGCUGUCGCUCUCUGCUCUUCUCUCAUUGGUCCUGAGAGGUGAUCAAAGUGGCAGCAGCUUGUCUGGAGGGAGCCGAGACGAAGGAGGGACGGAGAUGAGAGAGGAGGCUGGAAGGCGAGAGGAACAGUGGGAGGUAGAAACACCGAGGCAGCUGGCUGAGGGAGGUGGGGCGGGGAAGGUGGUGACGGAGAGGAGCGAUGCUGGAGACCAGACGUGGAGGAUGGAGUCUGAUGCUCCUCACUGUGUGCUGGCCAGGGCCUUCAGAGGUCAAACCGCCGCCCGCCCACCUGAUCUUCUGACCUCAGCUCUGUCCAGUCAAGAGGCGCGCAGCCCACUUCCUCACAGGUUGGUGUCACACAGGAAGAUGAUGCUGGUGAGGAAGCUGGAUCUGCUGCUGGAGGCACGUCUCCAGCCACAGUCCGUGAUGAAGCAGUUCACUUCUGAGACAAAGGACCAGGAAGACCAUCAGUGUGGUGCUUCACAUGGAGGGAGAGACUCAGCAGUCCACAUGUGCAGCAGCCAGUGAGGAGCUGCUGAGGUCACCGAACCCACACAGCUAUCUCAAGCAGCAGCCACCUACUCCGCCUCCUCUCUUCCGCUCCUUCCACGUCGGCUCACUUUUCUAAACGCCCAGGUCCUAAUUGGUCAGCGAAGGAGAAGAGAUUUGGAGAAACGCGUUUCUGGAGUGUUUGAAGCCAUGACCUGACUGUGCUGAGCCCCUUCAGAAGAUUCCUCCAACUCAGGCUGGAAAACCUUCCCAGAAUGCCACUGUGAGGGACAUGAUGAUGGUGAGCAGUGUGUCUGCUCUGAGCUCCUCACCUGCUCCUGAAGGCUCGGACGGAGGCCAGUGACCUCGCGCCAUCGCUGAGAGCCUGGUGAAGAAACCAGCGAGUAGUUUGGACUGUCACAGCCACGGCAGCCUUUCAUGGACCCUGCGGAGUCAGGCCCUCAUUCACCCUGGAGGUCACGGACGAGUGCUGUCCUCUGCAGAACUGCUGUUCCUCUCUGAGGGACCUGUGGCAGACGCCCACCAGGGAGGCGUGUGUUUCCUGUGUAGAGGUUUUCAUGUUUUUAUAUCUCACCAGGUAGCAGAGAUCCUCAAGACCACUCCAGCCAUCAGCAAGGUGAGUGACCUGCCCAGGGGGUCACCUGGCUUUCACCCUGGGAAGCUGGGGGAUCCUCCCACCACACUGAACCCGUGUUCCACUGCAGGGUUUGAGCUCCCAGCAGUCGCACCCUGCAGCCGUGUUUUCAACUUUCACACUGCGCAACCCGAAGGUCAGAGGUCAGGGCUCACCUCUGCGCUCUCCAGUCUGAGUUGGCUUCACGGCCGUCGCGCUGCAGCUGGGCACCAUGACCUACCAAUGACCCCAGGGGGAUGUGCUCUCACCGGUCGACCUCCCGCUCACCUGGCGCCAGGCUUCUCCUCAGGUCCAACUGUAGUGAGGUUUCCCUGCUAGCACUCUCCAAACUCUUCACUUCUUCCAUGAACUCUGCCACUUUUUAACUGUUUUCUUUCUUAUCACGCAGCUGCAGGGCUCAUUGUGGCAGACUAUUAGCACACACACACACUCACAGACGCACACACGUGCUUGCUGGCAGCAUCAAGCCAGCAAAUAGACCACCUCAGCCGUUUGAGGACACUUUCUGUUUAAUGUUAUUUAUAAACCGCUUUUGAGUCUGCCAUCGUUUGAUAACCACAUACAAAACAUUUGGGUUGCACAAAAGAAGACUGGAGCAGAGAAGAAUACAGGGGGUGGGGGAGGGGGGUGCAGGCAGGAGAGGAGGAGAGAUGCAUCAAAUAGAAAAGCAGCAGGGCGACGGUGGAGCGCCACCUGGAGUCACUCCGAUAAAAAAAAGUCCAGCUGCCCAACUCCUGCUCCAGACCGUCUUCCAGGUUCCUCUCAUCCUCACAGGGAUUUACACACACGUUCACAUGACCUGUGGAAUCACAGCAGCACGCACAGGUUCACCAGGAGGGGGCGCUAAAUCCUACAGAAGGCCGACUCUGGCGUCAGCGGACACUGAGCUCGUGGUCCCAGGAGUUGGUGUAAACCAGAAGGAACAUUGUGCUUGUUUGUUUGUGUCACCAAAAGAUGCUUGCAUACGGCCAGUUGCAGGUUCCGCUGCUGACCCGGGUCCCCGUCGGUGCUGGAGCCAUGCAGAUCUCUCCUCACCAAAGUUGAGUCCAGGACUCAAAAAGACCCUCCCAGAACCAGUGGCCUUGGAAUCCAGCGAAGGUCUGACUUCCUCUUGAGACACUGGAGUUUCUUCCUCCUGGCUCGACCGGACCGUGACUCGGACGUGGUGGUGGUUGACCUCACUGAGGUGUGGAUGGCAGAGUCUCCUCCUGUUCAGGGCAGGGUUCAUUCAAUCUCACCUGAUGAUCCAGUUUAGCUCACGGCCAGCACGGAGAUCCACCUCCGUCUGCUCGGGAACCUCACCUCCACGCGUCCCUCAACACCUUGACCUCGCUGUCUCUGAGACCCCAUGCUCCCCUGACCCAGCGGUUGGAGUCCAACACAUGACCUGCUGACUGCCCCCAACACUCAUCCCUCCUGGGUUACUGAAAGCUAGCAAGGGUCGGAGCGUGGUUCACGCUGGGUUGAUCUUCCGUUUGAGAGACUGGAUAAGGCGUUACAUUACGACCCCCUGCAGUGUGUAGCGGACCCGCUGAACUGCCCCAGUUGUUGUGCAAGUGUGUUGCUGGAAGGUCACUGUGUGUUAGCAUGUGGCGUGGCGCCCUCCCUGACGUCUGCGGCGGCCGGUGACUCGUGAGCGUCUUGAGAACUGAGUUGAACGUUAGAUGAAGUUGUAAUCGUCACACAGUCGUCCACAGAUAUGAGAGUCCCCACAAGGCAGCGACCUGCCGACCUCAGCGGAGGACCAGGCAGCAGAGCGACAGCAGGAGCGCAGGCGCCGAGCGCGAGCGUGGUGGCGCUCGGCUCUCGGCCCUCUGGACGCCGCUGGGAGGCCGGACUGAAGUCCUGGGGGCGCACUUGUUCUUCCUCCGGCUGGAGGCCGACUGCUGGUAUUUACCUCCCGGGGUGAAGUUUUUCUCCUCACCCUCCCGAAGCAGCUGCACCUCGUUGAGUCCCCCCUUUGCCUUGCGGCCCCGCCGCGUGCAGUUCCUGCGACUCCCCUUCGGGGGUCUGGGGAGAGGUGAGGGCGAGGGCAGGUUGUGCUGGUCGCCGUGAGGCAGGUACGGCCUCUGGUGAUGGUUGUGGCGAGCGCGGUGGCCGUUCAGGUGGUUCAGCGACUCGCCGUGCUCGGGCUCCGCCCCUGGCGUGCAGCGCGGCAGCUCCUCCUUCUUCAGCGUCUUCAGGUCCUUCCCCUCCAGCGGGGGCGGGGCGGCGCAGACCAGCGAGGAGGUGGAGCCUCUGAACCUCUGCAGCCAGUCCCACAGCGACAGGGCCUUGCAGUCGCACCUCCAGGGGUUGCCGUUGAGCCGCAGGUACUCCAGGGCCGGCAGGAGGCUCAGGCUGAGGCCCGGCAGCUCACUCAGCGAGUUGUUGAAGAGGUACAGCGUGGUCAGGCGCCGCAGGUCGUGGAAGGUCUGGACGUCGAUCCACUGGAUCCGGUUCUGAUGGAGGAGGAGCCGGUCCAGGACUCCCAGGCCUCGAAAGGUGUUCUGACGGAGACUCCAGAGCUUGUUGCCGUGGAGGAAGAGAUGGCUGAGGUUGAGCAGGUCGAUGAACAGGUCGUCCUCCAGGAACUCCAGCUGGUUGUCCUGUCAGGGGCGGAGACAGAGGGGAGAGCGGGUCAGUACAACCUGCACCCAGUGGCUCCAUAAUCUCCCUCAUCCAGACCUCGACAUGCUCUAAGUGGAUUAUAUGGAGAAGCACUUCUCCUCUGGCGGACUAGGAAGAGUGAGCUGCGGCUUUGUCUGAGCCACUUCACCCAGCCAGCUAAUGGCUAUUGGUUUUUCAUGUAUUUCCUUUAAUCUCUGGAGGCUCCAGUGUAUCAUCAGGAUAAUGCAUUCAUGAACCUGUCAUCCCUUGACCAGAGGCCUCCCUGCUGCCUCAGCUCCCUCUGAGGGGUCUGGGAUCUUCCAUGUUCCUCUAAUCUGUUCCUUAUCUUGACUGACCAAGAGCAUCUCACCUCAUUCAUCACUGAGGGCAACUGCU